AUGGCGUGCGCGCAGACGGGGUCCGGCAAGACGGCCGCCUUUUGCUUCCCGAUAAUCGCCAACAUACUGAGGGGCGGGGUGGACUCCGUGGGCCGCAGCCGCAAGGCAGUGCCCCUGGCGCUCAUCCUCAGCCCCACGCGCGAGCUAUCCAGCCAGAUAUACGAGGAGGCGCGCAAGUUCACCUUCCAGACGGGCAUACGCCCCGUGGUGAUCUACGGCGGUGCGCCCGUGCAGCAGCAGUUGCGGGAGCUGGAGCGGGGGUGCGACAUGCUGGUGGCGACGCCGGGCAGGCUGAGCGACCUCAUCGAGCGGGGCCGGGUGUCGCUGGGCAGGGUGCAUUACCUGGCCCUGGAUGAAGCUGAUAGGAUGCUCGACAUGGGUUUCGAGCCGCAGAUACGGCGCAUUGUGGAGGGCGAGGGCAUGCCGCCCACGGGCCAGCGGCAGACGCUCAUGUUCAGCGCGACCUUCCCCAAGGAGAUCCAGCGCCUGGCGUCGGACUUCCUGUACGACUACAUCUUCCUCACGGUCGGGAGGGUCGGCUCCAGCACGGACCUGAUCGUGCAGCACGUGGAGAUGGUAGAGCAGGCCGACAAGCGCCACGUGCUGCUGGAUCUGGUCAAGGAAGUGGAGGGACUCACGCUGGUGUUCGUGGAGACCAAGCGGGGAGCAGAUGCGUUGGAGGACUUUCUGGUGCGACAAGGGCUGCAUGCGACGAGCAUUCACGGGGACCGAUCGCAAAUGGAACGGGAAAGGGCUUUGGCCACGUUCCGCAGUGGGAAGACACCGGUAAUGGUGGCAACGGAUGUAGCUGCUCGAGGGCUUGACAUUCCUCAUGUCAAGCACGUUAUCAACUUCGACCUGCCAAACGACAUUGAUGACUAUGUGCACCGAAUUGGAAGGACUGGACGUGCGGGCAAGAAGGGGCUUGCAACUGCCCUUUAUGCUCCUGAAAAGGAUGGUCAGAUUGCAAGGGGCCUGGUUGACCUCCUAUCUGAAACCAAUCAAGAGGUGCCAGGCUGGCUGGCCGGCUGUGCUGCUGAGGCCGGGUAUGGAGGCAACAAGAGAAGGGGCGGGAACCGCUUUGGGGGCAGAGACUUCCGGAAGGACAGCAACUAUGGCGGUGGUGGAGGAAGGAGCUGGAAUGAUGGCUAUGGCGGUGGUGGUUAUGGCGGUGGAUAUGGCGGACGCCAGCAGUCGUAUGGAAACAGCUGUGAGUUCUCUGCUUUGCUGCAUGCAGUGCAUUGUACCUUGUUUCAGCCAUCCCAUCAUAUGCAGUCUUGCAAUCGGCACCAGUUCAUGGGUUGCCUAAGUGCUUGGUUGUGCUUGGUUCCUUCUGUUUGA